ACUAUUAAAGUCCUUCUUUCUCUCUGCCUCUCUAGACAAAAAAUGGAUUUACCCAGGCCACUGGAAAAGCUGCUCAGCUGCAGCUUGUGUCGACGCAUGUAUGACCCAAGCGAUGCCUCAAGGUUGCCCAAGGAGCUUAACUGCCGGCAUAGCUACUGCGCCGGCUGUCUGGAGCAGCUGGCCGUCUACCUGAAGGUGACAUGUCCCCAAUGCGAGCAGGAGACGCAGAUGCCGGAUUUUGGUUCGUUGCCGACCAAUGAGGGUUUGCUGUUUAUGCUGCAUCAGCUGCCGGCUUUGCAGCUGGGCAUGGUCAUGUUGCAGAUGCAGCACGAGCAACAAUUGCAGUCGAAUUACCGCAAUCUGACCAACUCAGCCUGGCCCAACUGGCAGAAUGAGAUGGGUUUGGAUAGACAAUCGCGCGGCGUCCACGAGAAUUGCAAUUUCCAUGCCAUGCCCCAUACGAUAUGGUGCUACACCUGUCAGCAGAUGCUGUGCCGCGCCUGCAUCGUGGAUGCCGGACAUCAUGAACAUCGGACGACGCGUCAGCUGGACAUGUGCGAAAUGUUGCGUCGCCUGAUCUGCCAGGAGCUGUACACGUUUGAGGAGCGCAUCACGUAUGUCGGAGUGCUGGCAGCGGGCGAUAUGUCGCUGUUGCGCCAAGUGUUCGAUGCCUGCGGCAAGAUGCAGGAGCAAGUGCAGCGCCAAUUGCUGCAGCAUGAACCAACUCUACGCGUAAACCACAUGCACAACUGGUGGCUGCGCGUCACAGACCAGUUGCAGAUGCAUAUGCCUGGAAACUUCACGCGCUGUGAGCUGCUGCGUCUGCUGAACGAGCUGCAGGAGCAGUGCAAGAAAUUCCACAAGCAGAUGCUGUACAUCUAUCGUGAGUGUCGUUUGCGUGCCAGCAUCCGGGAGGGAGGCCUCCAGCUGCUGGACUUGGAGCAACUGCAUCGCCAACUCAUGUCGCUGCGCCAGUCGCCAUUGGGAUCGGUGCCAGCUACAGUGGAGCCGCCGCCGCUACUCCUACUAACCAACUACUGCAUCUAUGAAUGCUGGUGGGCCAUUCAACGGCAGCUGUUGCCAGCAGAUCUGGUGGAGGAGGAGCAGGUGGAGGAGCCGCGGCGGUUGCCGUUGGUGCGGCUCAAUCACCAUCGCAUGUCUACAUUGUGGGAGGAAAUCAGUGGCUCCUCCAUCAGCAGCAGCAGCAGCAGCAGCAGCAGCGACACCUCCAGAAAUCCGGCGGCUCACAAUCGGCUGAAUCGGCUGGACGAGCAGCUGCGCACAGUAAAGCAACGCAAAGAUGUGGCACAGCCUGCCAAUUCGAUUUGCUGCAUGACGCAGCGCAAUCAAAGCUUGCAACUGACAGUAGAGCCACAUCCACAAAGCGUCAAUUUUGACUUUGAUAUGCCCAGCACAUCCGCAGCUGCAGCUGCUGCAAGAGCAGUUGCAGCCACCACAGGAGCAGUUGCAGCUGCCCCUGGCGCAGCUGCUCAAGUGGGGCUAACCCGACGUCCCAAUUCCAUGGGCUAUCCCAUCUACUAUCUGGACAUGGUCAUGGAUGGCAAGCCAGUGGGUCGUGUGCUCAUCGAGGUGCGCAACGAUGUCGCACCGCGCAUGGCCGAGAAUUUUCGCGCCCUGAUCCUGCACGAGCGUGGCUUUGGCUAUAGGGGCUGCUCCGUAUUCCAGGCCUGGGGCAAUGAGAGCAUUAUCACUGGCGACUUUGAGCUACAGAAUGGUCGUGGCGGUUAUGCCGCCCUCGAUGGUGGUUUCUUUAUACCGGAUGGCACUGGGUUGCCCGCGAAGCGCGGCGCAGUGGGCAUGCGACGUGGCCAAAAGCGUCACGAUAAUAGUGGAUGUGUGGGCAGCCAGUUUCGCAUGGUGCUCUAUGAGAGGCUCCCCUUUACGGCCAUAUUCGGCUUCAUUGUGAAUGGGAUCGAUGUGCUGGACAGGAUAGCCAGCACGGCCAGUGCAACUAAACGGCCCGCGAUGUGCACCUUUAUCAAGAAUUGUGGCGAGUAUCGCCGCAACGGAAUCUAAAUGUUUGUUAGUGACAGCCCCUCCCCCGCACCCUGCUUAAUCAACUCUGCUUAAUCCUAUAGAAAAUUAAGAAAAAUUAAAUUAUU